GCGAUGACAGCGCGGUCCCACGCGCUCCCAGCUAAUAGUCUCUCGCACACACACGCUCUCGCUCCAUCAGCCUUUCACCCGGAAGUGAACAUUGAUUAGCGUCGCCAUGGGGAACGCAGGAAAUAAGAUGGCGGCCAGCAGUAGGGUCGUUCAGAUUGUGAAAGCGCAUCAACGAUUAAUUAAGUUCCCAGAUAGAACAGGUACUCCCCGCCCCAAUGUGCAAGAAGCUCUGAAAUCAAUGAAACAUCAGGCACUUUCAAGUUCAACACAGGGAAUGCAACCAACAGCAUCAAGCUCAGUUUCUGUUCCUCAUAGCCAACUGUCUGGUCCACGUGACACUGUUGAAAUAGUAAGAUCUCUACCACAGAAAUACAGAAGGCAACCUGUGCCUGUAGAAGAAAUGGAGUACAUUCAGCGUGGAGGACCGGAGUAAUACCACCUACUUAUUUCUGUCAUCCAUCAAUGGCUACCCUUAUUUGCUGUCAGAUUUCCAAGCUGUGGAUGUAAUUGUAAUCCAUUGAAUACACUUUAUAUUGCUGCUGCACUGAUUACACGUCCUCUGGCUAAAUGGAUGUAUGUGCCAUAGCAUUCAAUAAACAUUGUAAUACUGUUAUCUUGCAGAAAAGCAGAAAUCUCCUGGUUUGUUUCCCAAAACAAUAUUCAUAGGAAAAAAAAUCAAACAGCUUUUUGUAUUUUAUUUUCAUAUGGUCCUGGUAAAAUUCAUAAAUAUUACAUUGUCUUGCAGAAUUAUGAGACAAUUUCAUUUAUAAAGACACUUCAAUUGAUCAUUUUCAGUACGUUGAAUGCAACUGAUAUUCAAGUACCCUUUUUAAUUGCAAUAGAUGAACUAUCAGCCACAAAGAUACAUGGUACUAUUCUAAUUUUCAUACUUUCUAAUGGCAUUUCAUAUAGUUGUUUAUAAAAUGAAAAAAUACAAUUUGUGGUUUCCAUAAUCUAUCACUGCUUCAAAUAAAGUGAUUGAAUCCAUUAACUUGAGCCUAUCAAAUUAUCUGACUCUUGGCAUAUUGUCAAUACUCUUUUAAAUAUAAAGGACAUUGAAAGAUUGAAGUCCUUUGGUCUGCUUUUGUAAAUAAAUAUGGUAUUCAUCAUUGUUUCCAAAACAACAGUUGCUAAAGAUAAGCUUAAACCAAUUGUCGAAAUAGGCAUUGUGAAUUAUACAGUCUAAUAGAAUUACAAAAACAUUCAAUUGUAAACAGUUUUGUUUUUAGUUUUGCAGCACUACAUUUGCCACAAUAAUUUGUACAUAUGAUGUGACAAAUGUAGGAAACUUGAAAAUUGUAUAUAAGACUUAUUAACUAAAUGAUACUCUAUGACCUGCAUGUAAAAUUGUUAAAACAUCAAAUCAGCUGAGUGGAGGGAUUUCAAUGCAUGGGGAAGAGAAAUAGUAUUGUACAGAAAUAUAUGAAUGUGAACUGUAAUCCCAUUAUUACUAUCAUAUGCCUUGUUCAAAAUUGAAUAAACAAUUAAGCAAUUUGAGCAUGGUUAAAACUUGCCUUAAAUUGCAUGUCUUGAGCUGUA